GCACACACAAAAAAAUCGUCAUUGAUUAAAAUGUCAUAUAUUUUGAAUUAGUUGUCCACUUUGCAAUGUUUUGAAAUGCAGGAUUUCAUUUUGAAGGUUUCCUCAUUACCAUAUGAAAGUGACGUCAUCGUUAGUGCUGCAAGCAGAAUAGCAGUCCUGUUAUUUGGGGCGUACAACCACCCUUUGUGAUGCUUUCAACAUUACAUAAUUAAUGAAUUGCUUUGUGCAAUUAUAAUGGGGUUCGGUAUGAAUCGAUAUUUUGGUAGAUGACGUAUCUGCAACAUGAUAGAAGCUCCAAGCCGCAGCCUACAGGCUGAUUUUAAUGUGGACUGGGUAUGGGAUGCUUAUUUGACAGCGCACUGAUGUUCUCGUUGCCAGGAAGGAUUUGACUCUGACAGUCAUAUUUAUUGUCGAUGUCACGGAAUUCAUCGCGAUUUUCAUGUUUUGUAACGAUAUGCGAUAAAUUCGCAGAAACUCUUCCUUUUUCAUGGCCUCGGUGGCAAUGUUUUGGGGGUCUGCAAACACAAAUUCCAAGCUCUACAUUUACGAAAAUACCACACCACUUAUGUCCACCCGACAGUGUUCAAGGGUAAUGGGCUUGGGUGGUGUCUCCCCGGGAGUAGAUACACCCGGGUCCGGCGAGCCGAACAGGGAGAUCUUCGAGGCCUGCAGAAACGGAGAUGUGGAGCGCGUGAGGAGGCUUGUCACACCGGAGAAUGUAAACAGUAGAGACACCGCCGGCAGAAAAUCCACCCCGCUGCAUUUCGCUGCUGGAUUUGGCCGCAGGGAUGUGGUGGACUACCUACUACAAAACGGAGCCAACGUGCAUGCCCGUGAUGAGGGAGGCCUCGUAUCACUCCACAACGCCUGCUCCUUCGGCCAUUCUGAGGUGGUCAACCUGCUCCUGCACCAUGGGGCCGAUGCCAACUCCAGGGACAACUGGAGUUACACACCCCUCCACGAGGCCGCCAUAAAGGGGAAGAGCGACGUCUGCAUAGUGCUCCUGCAACACGGAGCCGAGCCAAUGAUUCGUAACACAGAUGGGAGGACAGCGCUGGACCUGGCUGAGGAGUCCACUAAAGCAGUGCUGACCGGUGAAUAUAGAAAAGAUGACCUGCUAGAAAGUGCAAGGAGUGGGAAUGAAGACAAGUUGAUGGCCCUGCUAACACCAUUGAAUGUGAACUGUCAUGCCAGUGACGGUCGGAAGUCCUCCCCUCUGCAUCUGGCUGCUGGCUACAACCGUGUGAAGACAGUGCAGCUGCUGUUAAAGCACGGGGCUGACGUCCAUGCUAAAGACAAAGGUGAUCUGGUGCCCCUUCAUAACUCCUGUUCCUAUGGACAUUACGACGUCACUGAGAUUUUAGUAAAGCACGGCGCCUGUGUGAAUGCCAUGGACCUGUGGCAGUUCACCCCCCUGCACGAAGCCGCCUCUAAGAAUAGGGUGGACGUGUGCUCCCUGCUCGUCAGCUACGGAGCCGACCCCACUUUCCUAAACUGCCACAACCAGAGCGCCAUUGACCUGUCUCCCACUUCGCAGCUCAAAGAACGCCUGGCCUAUGAGUUCAGAGGUCAUGCCUUGCUCCAGGCAGCACGUGAAGCUGACCUGCCCCGCCUAAAGAAGCACAUGUCACUGGAGACCAUGACCUUCAAGCAUCCCCUUACGCAUGAAACCGCACUGCACUGUGCAGCGACAUCUCCCUAUCCCAAGAGAAAACAAGUGUGCGAGUUACUGCUGAGGAAAGGGGCCAACGUGAAUGAGAAGACUAAAGACUUCCUGACUCCCUUGCACCUGGCUUCUGAAAAGUCACACAACGACAUAAUCGAGGUGUUGGUGAAACAUGAGGCAAAGGUCAAUGCUCUGGACAACCUGGGCCAGACAGCUCUGCACCGUGCGGCCCACUGUGGCCACCUCCAGACCUGCCGUCUGCUGCUGAAAUCAGGCUGCGACCCCCUCGUCAUGUCUCUACGGGGUUUCUCUCCAUCCCAAAUGGGCAAUGAGAGGGUGCAGGAGAUACUGCAUGAGGGAACUCUGAUUGGAAACUCUGAUGUGGACUGGCAGUUGCUAGAAGCCUCCAAGUCUGGAGAUUUGGAGAUUGUUGAAAAGCUGUGUACCAUGCAGAAUGUGAACUGUAGGGAUGUAGAGGGCCGUCAAUCCACCCCGCUCCACUUUGCGGCGGGGUAUAACCGUGUGUCUGUGGUGGAGUACCUUCUACUGCAUGGGGCUGACGUCCAUGCCAAAGACAAAGGUGGCCUGUUCCCCCUACACAAUGCCUGCUCCUAUGGUCACUAUGAGGUGGCUGAAUUGCUGGUCAUCCACGGGGCUCUGGUCAACAUAGCUGACCUGUGGAAGUUUACCCCUCUGCACGAGGCCGCCGCCAAAGGAAAAUACGAGAUCUGCAAACUGCUGCUGCAGCAUGGUGCAGACCCGACCAAGAAGAACCGAGAUGGGAGCACUCCACUGGACCUGGUGAAGGAUGGGGACACUGACAUGCAGGACCUGCUAAGAGGAGACGCUGCCCUGCUGGACGCAGCCAAGAAGGGCUGUCUGGCCCGGAUCGAGAAGCUCUGCAGCCCCGAUAAUGUUAACUGUAGAGACGCACAUGGACGGCACUCUACACUGCUGCACCUGGCAGCUGGCUACAACAACCUGGAGGUAGCAGAGUACCUGCUUCAGCAUGGAGCAGAGGUCAACUCCCAGGACAAGGGAGGGCUCAUCCCCCUGCACAACGCUGCCUCCUACGGGGUGGACGAUGUUCGUGCCUUGUUGACAGCGGCCAUGCCACCUUCAGCCCUGCCCGGUUGCUAUAAACCCCAGGUAAUCCGUAUGUCUGCCCCUGUAGGGGUGGUGGUCCCCCCCAGCCUCUCAGCCAGCUCCACACCCCUGUCCACCUUGGCCUCCAGCAACAGUCUGGACAAUCAGGCCACUGCCUCCACCUGCACUGCCUUCCCUGAGCUACCCGCUCUCCUGGGGCCCUCUGGGGCUGUGGGCACGGACAAGAAGGAGGGUCCAGGUGUGGAUCUGAGUAUCGGACAGUUCCUCAACGACUUUGGACUGGAACACCUACUAGAGAUCUUUGAAAGAGAGCAGAUCACACUGGAUGUCCUGGUAGAGAUGGGACACAAGGAGCUGAAAGAGAUCGGUAUCAAUGCCUACGGACACAGACACAAGAUUAUCAAAGGAGUAGAGAGACUCACUAGCGGACCUCAAAGUUUGAACCCGUACCUUGCGUUGAACACGACGAACAGUGGGACCAUACUAAUAGAUCUGGCGUCGGACGACAAGGAGUUUCAAUUGGUGGAGGAGGAGUUGCAGAGUACGAUCAGAGGGCACAGAGAUGGAGGGCUUGCUGGAGGGGUUUUCAACAGAUACAACAUUGUUAAGAUCCAGAAAGUGUGCAACAAGAAGCUUUGGGAGAGGUACACCCAUCGAAGGAAGGAGGUCUCCGAGGAGAAUCACAAUCACUCCAAUGAACGGAUGUUGUUUCACGGUUCGCCGUUUGUCAACGCCAUCCUCCACAAGGGUUUUGAUGAGAGGCAUGCUUACAAAGGCGGCAUGUUCGGCGCAGGCAUCUACUUUGCUGAGAACUCGUCUAAGAGUAACCAGUACGUCUACGGGAUAGGAGGCGGUACAGGCUGCCCUCUGCACAAAGACCGGUCCUGCUACGUGUGCCAACGGCACCUGCUGUUCUGUAGGGUGACCCUGGGCAAGUCCUUCCUGCAGUUCAGUGCCAUGAAGAUGGCCCACUCCCCUCCAGGACACCACUCUGUCACAGGGAGGCCCAGUGUCAACGGACUGUCACUGGCAGAAUAUGUCAUCUACAGAGGAGAGCAGGCCUAUCCAGAGUAUUUGAUCAGCUAUCAGAUAUUAAAGCCCGAUGCCUCUGUGGAUGGAUAGAAGUGGAACGGAGGAAGGAAGAACCACAAGUUAAUUGUACAGAAGAACAUCUCAGCCUGUUUCUGUUAUGUUCAGGGCAGCAACAGCUUUACUAAAUGCAUGCACAAACAGAUGUAUUUACUUUUUCCUCCAUUUGAAGCAUUUCCAUCUGUAGCCAUUCUAACAAAUGCUGUGCAGGAAAACUACAACUGGCUAAUGUCUAACUGUAAUUCAAAAAAACUUCUGUGUUAUAGUAGUUCUUUUCUGGAGACAUUGUGUAUCUAUUUAUUUGUACUAGCGUGUUAAUUUAUUUACAUUUUUAUGCCCAAGUUAUUGUAAAUGAAUGACCUAUAGAAUAUGUAUUCCAUCAACCAGCAGUCAAAAUCAGUGUUUUCAAAGUCUGCCUUGUGGGGAUGUCUGGGUCAUAUUUAUUAGGGCACAUCGUAGCAAAAAUGUUUCAAAAGUUGUGGAAUGGAAAAUUAAUGUUUAUUGGACAAGCCUAGGUGGUCACUCCCUGUUUCAGUCUGUUUUCUUCCAUUGGUGCCUAUUACCUAAUGACUUAUUUAUCCAGUAUUGUAAAUCAGGACACAAUUUCAGAUCAUUAUCCUGUUAGAAGGUGUAUUGUUUUGUCUACAUAGUGACUAAAAGAUCAGGAUCAGUGUCCUUUCAUUCAGUAAUGGUGGCCGCAGCAAAGUCUUCAAAUUUGAGGACUCCUAAAUUGUCAUAAAUUGCCCCUCCACGAAGUCUGUUUUGCUUUGAAAGCUGUUUGUUUUACACAACACACAAGGGUGACGAGACUACGCAGAGAAAACAAAACAUGUAGUUUGUCAAUUUCCCUCGGUCAGUGUUUGGAUGCGCUGUGAGAACCGUGUCUGUCAUUUGAAAUCAUGUGAAGUUAAUUUACACUAAUAUGCUGUGGUUGCGUGAUGUUCUCGCAGCACUUUGUUCCUUUUGCAUGAUAUUCCUGUCUGAUUAACUCUCGUUAAGAGUUGUACGUCAUGUUUGAACAGUGCUUGCUUAGUGCUAAUUGGAUGCAUCGUGGCUGGAUCUGGGUGGGAAUAAUCUCCACACAAAACAGCCACAUCAAAAUAAAUGAGCUAUUUGUGAA